AUGUCUUCCGGAUUGUCAUACUUGCAAAAGCUGCGCAAAGCGCAGCUAAUUGAAUUCGCUGAAAUUGUCGCUCUUCAAGACUAUGAAGACGACACCAAGCCCGAGCUUGCCGCCAAGCUGGACGACCACCUCCAAGCUAACAACUCCAUCUUUGGAAAAGACAACCGACUGGCAAAUUACUACAAGCGUACGUCGCAAUCGCCCGCGUCUCCCGUGAAGAGAACCGCCAGCAAGGCUAGCAGAAGCGAGAGCACGCCUAUCAAGGCUGAAGCCUCGAGCACAAGCUCAACAGCCCCCAAAUCUGCCCGUCGGCGACAGACUAAGGCAAGAGAGGAAACAGGGCCUUCCGAUGUUCCCGCCAAUGCGCCCUCGCAACCGCUUAUAGAUGUAGCUGUUCGGGACGUGUCUGCUGUGACUCCCGCACGCCCUCUUCUCGAUGCGGCCGAUCAGACUGCAGCUGUGGAUUCGGCUCAGCGUCAUCGAUUGCCCCCGUCUCCUGCUGUUGUCACUGAGGCUAUUGAGCGGCAAACGACUGCAUGGCGCCAGAGCAUCGGCGAAGCCUGGGAGGGUUCUGGUGUUCAGGAACAAUCAAACUCGCUGCGCACAACUCUCAGCAGCGUCAAGGCUGUUGAGGUGAUUGUCACACUUCUUGAGGCGUUCAGCCUUAUCAGGGAGGUUCUGCCGCUGCGCUAUCUUGCUACGAUCCCAUCCGUUGAAACUGUUCACUCUCCAGCGGUUCCGAUCAAGGUCCCCGAUCUCUUCGUGCUGGUUGACAGCGCGUUCUGGGCGCCGGUCUCGUUGUGGAUCCUUACCAGCGUGCUCCUGCCUUUGACCGUUGCUUAUUUCUUCAACAUUAGCUUGCAAGUCACGCAGUCGGGUAGUUCUGGUGUCCAAACCCGCCGCCGCAGCAGCAGUGCAAGCAGUGUGCAGACAACCUUUGAUCCCCUUAGCUUCAACGUCGCCAAGGCAAUUGCCGCGUACAUUGUCUAUGCGCACGGAUUUACCUUUUGGAAUAUAUAUGGCAGGGACGCGAUUACAACAGUCAACGCGUCCAUCCCAUUCCAAUAUGCAGGGAUACUGACUGGUGCUGCCAUCGGCACCGUCGGUACUCUGUAUGAGGCUAUUUUGAGGAAGUAA